ACAAACACUGACACAGAAACCCAUGCGCCACAUAAACUCAGAAACCGAAACACCCAACACACAAGUUAAAUACCGUGUGAAACAUAGGGUGGUGUGACAAGCCUGUUUCACUAGACACACAUUAGUCUCCAACAUGGAUUGCUCAAUACUGUUGAUGUUGGGCCUGCUCCUAAAUCUGUCUCACUGUACAGACAUUUUGGAGGACGACGGAGACGGGGGGUCGGAGGUGGAGGUCCAGAGCGACCCCGUGGCCGUUCUGGGGGAGGAGGUGUACCUGCGGUGCCUGUACCACGGCAACGCCUCCAUCACCGGCAGCGCCUGGAAACGGCACAGGGGCGGCCGUGUUCACCGGCUGGCGGGGUUCACCAACGGCACAGCGUUCAGGCGCAGCACGGCUACGCUUUCCUUUCCGGCCUCGCCCACCAACCUCACCGUGCGGAUGAGGGUGUCCGGCGUGGACGUGGAGGGGGAGUACGUCUGCGUCUUCGAGUCGCAGGACCGGGAGUUCAACAAGACCGUGAACCUCCAUGUCCACGUCCGUCCGCAGACGCAAUUAUCAGUAACUGCGGAGAUGGACAACGGCACCCACUAUCAGUCUGUGCGGUGCUCGGCUAAGGACGGCAAACCUCGAGCUCAGAUCGAUUGGUUGAUCAACAACAAGCCCCCGGUCAAAGACUACUUCUCUAUCGAGCGGAGUGAUUCGCCCGGAAGAAUCGGCGUGAGCAGCGCCGCCAGCAUCCUCCGCUUCCCGACGCACCUGCAGGACGAGGGCAGCGUCACCUGCGUGGUGCGCCACCCGACCCUGGCCAGCCCUGUCUCCACCACCGUCAGCGUGGAAACCUUUGUCGCUCCCAGGAUGAGUGUUCAGGCGGAGAUGAGACAGAGGCAGGAAGAGGAAGAGGAGGAGGAGGAGGACUACUGGAGGGUCUCCUGUGUGGCAUCUGGAGGGCGACCAGAGACCCUCGUCUCCUUGGUGACCACCGCCUCCGACGACGACGAGGAAGUAGAACCCAGAAGGGAGAACGGCACGGACGCAGGGACGAGUGUGUACCGCCUGCCGGUGCGGGCGUACGAAGGCCACAACGUCUCCUGCGUGUUCACCCAGCCCAAGCUGGCAGGGCCGCAGACCAGGGCGCUGCAGCUGCCUUCCUUCAGUCUAUCUGGUGUUCGGUUACUGUCAGAUCCCAUCAACGAGCUCCAGGCCUCGCUGGAGCUUGAGGAAGGACAGCGGGAUGUUUCUAUUGGCCUGGAAGCCGUCGGAAACGUUCCACGCUAUGCCUUGUUUUGUCAAAAGGAGGAGGCGUCACGGCUGCCCGGGGGAGUAGCGGUGGUGGGGUCGGCCCUCACGUUCCAGGCUCCUGUGGGUCUCCUCCACGAGGGGCUCUAUGUGUGUGAGGCGUCGUACUACCGGCACAGGGCCACCGUGCAAAUAAACAUCACAGUUAGACCCCGGCCCGUGCUGCUCCCUCCCUUGAUAAGUCUUGAUCUGCGGUCCGGACCCUCGGGCCGCGAGGUCCAGUGCUCGGCUGUUGGCGCCAACCCAGCCGCCACCCUGUCCUGGAGUCUCCCCGAGGGCGUGGCCGCCGUCCCCUCCCCCAGCGCCAGCUCCCCCCUGCCUGACGGACGCCGUUCCGUCACGGGAGUCUUGGCCCUCGGCACCGCGUGCUUCCCUCGGCCGCUCGCCGUGGGAUGCGUGAUCCAUCAUCCGCUCUUCCCGACGCCGGAAUACCAGAGCGUCACCAUCCCGCUCUGUGCCCCGCCCAACAUCAGCCUGAGCUCCAGAGAGGAGUGGCGAGGAGGGGAGGAGUACACCGUGGCCCGGUGUCGCGUGGUCAGCGUCGCUACCGCGGCAACCGUCACCUGGCGCCUCGGUGGCGGGGCCGACGGCGGGGACGGCGUCGAGAUCGAUGACCUGGAGGGGGUGGAGGUCCGGACAGAGGAGGGGCAGCGUGUCGGCCUGGAGGUGGCCGCCCUCAGCACCCUGCGGCUCCCCACCUCUCUGUACUCGGGUCGGAGGUUGAGCUGCGAGGCGGGGGGUCACCAGGAGCGACAGCACCUGCUCCUCCCCUCCCUGGGGGCCCCUGUGCUGAAUGUGUCGAUGGGGCCGGGGGAAUCUGACCUCUGGCAGGCCGUGUGUGACUCCCAGGCUGAGGGUGUGGAAGCCAACCUCAGCUGGGUCCUACCUGUGGGCUCCAGGGGCCAGCAGUCCCGCCGGUCCUGGACCCACGGGCGCACCGUGAGAACCCGGCUCACUUACCGCUUCGCGCUGUCGUCUCACGAAGGGGACGCCCUGACCUGUUUGGCGGAGUACCGUCGCAGAGGGUCAGACAAGAGGACCGUACACAUCCCAAAAUACUAUAUCUCCUCUUUGAGGGUGCUGAACCACACCACUCGGAUGAAGGCAAGCCACAGUGGUGGCCGAUGCGUGCUCAGGUUAUCCCUGCAUAAGAGUCUGCCCGGCCAGAGAAUAUUGUUUGAGGUGGAGGGGAAUGUACCAACGCACAGCAUUACCUGUCAAAGCAGCGACGGCUCGUUUGUCAAACUGGAAGGAGACGCGCUGGCCUUCCCAACAGGGGUCAAAGGUCGAGACGAGGGACUGUACACCUGCCUCGCCUCUUUCUACCACCACCAGGCCGAACUCCGCCUCCGAGUGGAGGUCAGCUCCCAGGAUCACAGUUAGCGAACCUCGUCCUCAUCUGCGUCCCCUCCGCCUCCGCCGCGGCCGUACUGCUCGCCGUGGCUCUGUGGGUGUUCUGUAAACUAAAUCCUGGAGCACGACGAAAGAAACAGGAGACCUCAGCUCUGACAGCUUUAGUUCGACCCUAAGCUCCCCUGAGAAGAGCAAGGCACUUUCAUCGACCAGACGGCCAACAGUAUGCCCAUCUGGAUGGCUACUGUAUAGUGUCUGACGUCAAGUCCACCGUCUGAACCACUGCGCGGUCAGAAGAAUGGAGAGCCCACAGCCAGAGAGGUUCUGCAACUCGCUUGCAGCACUUACUGUCACACACAUGCAUGCACACUGCUUUUGUCUCUCAUACGACUGUGAAGCCUUUGGUCCUGGAAGGAUUGUAAUUAAUUCAAACUUUGAAUUAUUGCAUAUAAUGAAUUACGUCUUAGACAUGAUAUUUGCUAUAGAAAAUUAGGUCUUGGGAUAAGCUGGUUUUCCGUUUUUAAUAUAGCCUUUAACAGAAGGUAUUAUCACGCCCCCUAGUGGUAAAUGUAAAUCCAUUCUUGAACAGCACUGAAGUGAUGCAAAUUUAACAUAACAUACUUCACCAUAUUCAAAGUGUAUUGUAAUAACGUACUUUGUCUGUGUAUCAACCCCUCUGUAAAUUUCCAUUUAAUUGACUAAUUCAGAAUCAGUAAGCAGACGACAUUUCAAUUAAAAUUUUAUUUUAAGAAAA